AUGUGCCUCCAGAAUUUCCCUUGCCAAGAAGUCGAGAGGCACAACAAACCAGAGGUGGAGCUCAAGACAAGCCCUGAACUUCUGCUGAAUCCGGUACUGAUAUGCCGCAAUGAAGCAGAAAAAUGCUUGAUAGAGACUUCAAUCAACUCUAUACGUAUAAGCAUGAAGGUUAAGCAGGCAGAUGAAUUGGAGAACAUUCUUGCCAAGAAGUUCCUUAGGUUUUUGUCAAUGAGGGCAGAGGCAUUCCAAGUGUUGAGGAGAAAGCCAGUUCAGGGCUAUGAUAUCAGUUUCCUAAUAACAAACUACCAUUGUGAGGACAUGCAUAAACACAAGCUCAUAGAUUUCAUCGUGCAAUUUAUGGAGGAUAUCGACAAGGAGAUCAGUGAGUUGAAGCUGUCAGUAAACACUCGUGGCCGGCUAGUGGCGACUGAGUUCUUGAAGCAGUUCAUAUGA